AGUCAAUCCAAGCACGCCGCGCGCCGCCUCAAUGGCCUAUCCUCGUUGUGGCGGCCAUAUUUACAGAAAAACUUAUUUUUAUGUUUUUGGCUGAAGUACUUUGUUUCCGUGGUCAGAAAUAAAUUUAAAAAAAAAAUGUUAUCACAUACGAAUCGUAUGUUCACAUAUGUACAUUCAUUCGUGAUUGUCAUGUAUUGUGUUGUUGGCUGCGUUGCGCUGUUUGCAUUCUUUCCCGACUAGUGACUUGUAUAUUUAGUAAUCUGUGAUUCUUGCUCAAAGGGUACCUUAUUACAUAGAUUUUAUUUAGUUUUUUCCAUCCUCUAGGAGUUUAAUGAAUUUGUUGCCAAAUUUCAAAUUGUAAUAAUUUAGUAAUGUCUGAUUCUGAAGAUUCGGACGCUGUGGAUCCUUGUUCUUUACUAGAAAUCCAUGAAGAAAUAAAAAGAUGCAAGAAAAACCCCAGUACGUCUUCAAUGUUCGUCUCCGGAUGGGAUGAUGCUGACGAAGGUGUUCAAGUUGUACAGGACCCGAAAGCCAAUCCUGUUACUCAUAUAUUAUGGGCUGCAGAACAUGAUAAACUGAAUACGUUGAAGACGUUGAUUAAGUCACAACCAAGCCUAGUAAAUGCACAGGAUGAAGACGGGUAUACACCACUUCAUCGCGCUGCUUAUAGCAAUCAUUUAAGGGUCAUUUCAUAUCUGCUGAGUGUUGGUGCCAAUGUUCAUAUGAAAACAGAGAUGGGAUGGACACCACUACACUCAGCUUGCAAUUGGAAUAACUAUUUAGCAGCAGCAAGGUUGCUAGCUGCUGGGGCUGACCCUGCUUCCUUAUCUGAAGGAGAGCAAACUCCUCUACACUUAGCAUCAUCAAUCAGUCAUUGUAAAUCAACAUUACUCAUUCUCUUACUACGAGAGGACUCAGUAGAUAUAGUAAGAAAGAAAAACAAAUCAAACCAAACUCCUGAAGAAUUGGCUAGAGGUCAUGGAAUAUAUGCACCAUUAUUUGAAAUGGCGUCACCAGCUUCUUCUUAUAUAAAAUCCAGAUCAUUUACUUGUAAUCCUUAUGUACGAGCUCAACUUCUUCAACAAGUUAAUAAAGAUUAGUUAUGCUACCGUUUUCUUAAUUUUUUUUUCUUAUUUCACUUGGCUUUUCGCGGUAAGCCUUUCAGCCACUUACAAAGCGUCUUUAUUAACUUGUUUUUAAACUGGGAAAAUUUUAUAUCAUGGAAUGUAAUUUGAAAACAAGAUUUGGAAGUUGGAGAAAAAGGGAUCAGGCGAGGAAUUAUGUGAUGUACACAUUGUUAUGGAUGUACAUAAACAAAUAGUAUAUUGAAAUGAUAUUUGAUAUUUUGCUUUUAAAAUAAGAAUACCCUAUUUGAGAUCUAAAAUGUUUUUAUUGAAUUUUUUAAUUACUACUUUUAUACAUAUAAUUGUUUACACAAAGUAUAGCACUUCAAGUUACUUAAUUAUACAUGUACAAAUAGUCCAAUACCUGCAUUGACUUACAAAUAAAUGGACGACGGGUCUAAUACAAAAACCACGAAAAAAAUGUCCCAAGUCAACCUAUUCGAAAUU